AUGAUAACUAUUAAAAUUAUUCUCUUGUUUAGUCUAGUUGCAUACGCAGUGUGUGGUAACGGCGAUGAAUCGCCAAAAGAAGUCAAAACAACACAAUUGGACAAUGACGACAUCGUGUCAUUGUCACGAAUGACUCUUGAAUCUAGUGAAUUACCAAACGAAGAUGAAGUUCAUGUUGAAGAUUACGGAGUUGGUACUUCAAACAUUUUUAAUAACAUUGCUAAUAGAGGUACGCAGUUUAAUAAUCAGGGUAAUGAAUGUGUGCAAGUUUUUAAUCCGGUUAGUGGAGGUGAGCAGGUUAUUACUCCGAGUGGUGAAGUGCAGGAUAACCAAGGAGAUGCAUUUUGUAGCUUAGAUGCAACAAUUGUGAUAAAAAUUAAUUACGACUAGAGAAAAGAAAACCGG